AGGUGUUUUUUUCUGAGCUUACUUCUAGGUUCACUUUUCUCAAUGUCGAUUAGUAUAAAUUAUAUUUUGUCAUUCCGAAGUUUAUUCAGAUUCUAAAUCGAUUGGUUCGAUUGACAACAUGCAUUAUUAAAAUAUUUAGCUAUACAUUUCUACAUCAUCGCACCUCUCUCAAUCAGCUGUUUUUAUUUGAAUCCGUGCUUAUUUUUACGACGGUGAAACCCACUUUUGUACAUUUUUGAUCAGCGCAAUGGAAAAAGAAAAGCCUACAAAAUCCUCCGCACUAGCCAGUUAUGAUGAUCUUGCGAAAGCGAUUAUUAUAGAUACUUGUGUUGGAUACAAAACCAGGAAAUAUAAAACGUAUUCAAAUUUGACAAGAAGUAUUAAAUGGGAAAUUAUUUCAAUUAUAGAAGAGUUUAAAAGGGACGAAAAAGUGAAGACUACGACAACGAAAUUGAUCGACUUUUGUAAGUCAAAGAAGUUAUUUGAUAAGUUUUCUUUGAACAGCCAAUCAACUAAGGCCAACGGAAUCUUCAGCGCUUAUUUGACGUUUUUAAAAAGUCCGGAUGUUGAAUUGGCUAGGUGUAAUCGAUAUACCAUGGAUCUUGGAUGUGGCUCGAAAGUAAUUGCAGCUAGAGAUUUAAGACAAAAUCAAAACCUUGAUAUACUUGGUUUGAUAAGCACCAUCUCUGAAACAGAAGAGGAAAUCCUGACAAAGCAAAAUGCUAAUUUUUCAAUAAUGAUCAGUGAGAGAAGUAAAAAGCGAGUUUUAUUAUUAUUUAUUGGACCAGCGUCACUACUGAAUCACGAUUGUGAUCCGAACUGCAAAUAUGAAAGUCUAAGCACAAAUUCGCUUAGAAUUCGUACUCUCAGAAAAAUUAAAAAGGGAGAAGAGUUAUUUGCUUUUUAUGGCCAAAAUUAUUUUAAUCAAAAAAAUAGUAAAUGCGAAUGCCAUACUUGUGAGGUAAACAAGCAAGGAGCGUUCUCAAUAAAAGAUGAUAAACAACUGAAGCUGGAGGGGCUGAACAGUGAUUCCAGUAUCAUAGAUUUUGGAUUUGAUCCUUUUUCUUCUACGGACAAAAAGGACGAAAAUCUUACAAUUGAAGCAGAGUUCAAAGUGGAUCCGUCAUUCACCAAUGGAAAAACACAUUCUACAAUAGUAUCGAAUGAAUCAAUUGAAGAGGAAGAUUUUGUUGGUUUUUCUAGUCAUUCUACCCAUUUAAUAAAGGCAAUGUCUUUACCUCGUGUCAGAAUAGAGAGACUAAUUCUGCCGAAAAGCAAGAGUUUUUAUUUGGCUUCUACUAAGAAAAGAGGAAAAAGUUCGGGGUUUGAUGAGACAAUGGACGAGGUACCAUCAUUUUCAACUAUAAUAUCUUCUGACAAAACAGAAAAAAGUUCAGGAUUAAAUAAGACAAUGAACGAGGUACCAUCAUUCUCAACCAUAAUAUCUUCUACGCAGUUAGAACUCAGUGAUUCUUUGACGAAUAGAGAUGAUCUUAACAAAGACAGCAUUAUAAGGCACACUUUACCAGUAGUUCCUCUCGAGGUGCCGCGAAAGGUAAAGCCACAGGAAAAACAACGCGAUGAGCAAAAAACAGACGCAGGAUCUGUUGUUUUAAAAACAUCGAAGAAGCCAAAAAGCAAAACAAAACAAGCCACAUUCGAGGAUGAAGAACUGCGGACUAAGUCUGGGACUCUCACCAGGCCCGUCUCUGACAGAAAACCUAUCCAUUCACAAAGUAAAGAGAAUCUAAUUUUGGUUGAGAGUAACAGGAUUUGUGCAUCAAAAAUUGAAAUUGAAAAAGAAAACGAAAAAAGAGCAACAAGUGCAAACCCUGCUGAACCAAAAUCAAUUUUACGAAGCAAAAGAUAUAGAAAACUACAACCGCCUGAUGAUAAAACUGCUGAAAUUGAUUUUGAUGACGAUGAAAGUUCGCUAAAAGCACCUAAAAGCGCUGAUGGAAAGAAAAGAAAAGGCGUUUGUUUCUGUAUAUUCUGCAGAAAGAAGCAAACUCAAUUUCCUAGGCACUUAGAACUAAAACACAAUACAAACAAACAUAUCGAAAUGUGGAUGAAUACUACUGACGCUGAACGAAAGCGCGCAAUUCUCAGUUAUUACCGCAAUGUAGGUUUUAGCCAAUGGGAGAAAGUUACAAAUAUAAUCAGACCGAUAAAAGCAACAAGGGAAGGAAAAAUAACAAAAAAAGUAAAAUGCAAGUUUUGCGAAGCAAGGUUUUCGAAAGAAACAUUAAAUAGGCAUGAGAGAGGAUGCGAAGCCAUUCACAAAAUGAUGCCAAAAUCAUUUAAAAUAUAUAGAAAAUAACGAGUAAAAGUAAAAUUAAAAAUUUUUUUUUUAAUUUAUGUACAAGUAAGCAAGUAUGUAAUUCAUACCAUUAUUUAUUUCUCUCGUAAAAUA